AUGAAAAAAGGUGUUCAAUUAGACAACCGAAGUGUCGUACCUUACAACAAAGGUCUAUUAAAAAGAUACCAAGCACACAUUAAUGUUGAAUGGGGUAACCAAGCUGGUUCGAUAAAGUAUCUUUUCAAGUACAUCAACAAAGGACCUGACCGUGCUACGGCAGUUUUAUAUACUGAUUCAACCGGUACUAGCAAUCAGAAAAUAAAAGAUGAGAUCAAAGAAUACUAUGAUUGUAGAUACAUAUCAGCCUGUGAAGCUUCUUGGAGAAUUUUCACAAACGAAGUUCAUUAUGGAUUUCCUUCUGUAAUGAGGCUACCUUUUCACUUACCUGGUCAACACAAUGUAGUAUACGGUGAAGAUGAUGAUAUUGAAGAUGUGUUGAACAAACCAUCUGUUGCUUCAUCUAUUUUUUUGCAAUGGAUGCAUUUAAAUGAACAUGAUGAAGAAGCACGUAAACUGACUUAUGUGGAGUUCCCAUCAAAGUAUGUUUGGAACUUAAAAGAUAGAUGCUGGCAAGUACGAAAAAGGUAUAAAACUGUUUGUAGAGUUCAUUCUGUUUCGAUUGCUUCAGGAGAACCUUAUUACUUAAGGAUUCUUCUAAAUAAAGUUAGAGGUCCUAAAUCAUUUGAAGAGAUUCGAACAGUGAACGGACAAGUAUUUCCGACAUUUAAAGAUGCAUGUUAUGCGAUGGGUCUUUUAGACAAUGAAUACGAAUAUGUUGAAGCCAUUAAGGAAGCAAGUUUUGAAGCUCACUGUCGGUAUUUAAGACCAUUAUUUGCGACAUUGCUUUUAACAAAUACGCUAUCACGACCUGAAUUUGUGUGGGAAAAAACUUGGCACUUACUAGGAGACGAUAUUCUAUACAAGCGUCGCAAAGAGACACAUAUCCCUGAUCUAAUGAUUCCUGAACAUCAUUUGAAGAAUCUUAUUUUGGUGGAAAUCGAGAAUUAUUUAAUUUCCAAUGGGUCAACCUUAAGUAGGUUUUCUAUGAUGCCCUUUCCAGACGAUGAUUCUUUACGUCAAGGAACUAAUCGUCUAAUCAAUGAGGAAUUAUCGCAUGACACACAUGAGUUGAAAAGUGAGUUUAGUCGAUUGAAAGAAUCUCUAACUGAAGAGCAGUUAAACGUUUUUAACGAAAUUGUCAAUGCAGUGGAAUGCCAAAGUGGAGGGUUGUUUUUCGUAUAUGGUUACGGUGGAACAGGGAAGACUUUUUUGUGGAAGACCUUGGCUUCUGCAAUCAGAUCUAAAGGUCAGAUAGUGUUGAACGUUGCUUCAAGUGGUAUUGCAUCAUUAUUAUUAUCUAGAGGAAGGACAGCACAUUCUAGAUUUAAAAUUCCCAUAAACUUGACAGAAGAUUCCAUGUGCUUCAUUAAGCCCAACGAUGACGUUGCUAAUCUUUUAAAAGAGGCAAAGUUGAUUAUAUGGGAUGAAGCCCCUAUGGUACACAAGCAUGCGUUUGAGGCACUAGAUCGAACAAUGAAGGACAUUCUAUCGUCUUCUACGAAUAACCAUUCUGAGCUACCAUUUGGAGGUAAAGUUAUUGUGUUUGGUGGUGACUUUAGACAGAUACUUCCUGUUAUCCCAAACGGUACUAGACAGCAGAUUGUUAAUGCAUCUUUGAGUUCUUCAUAUCUAUGGUCAGAAUGCAAGGUUUUAAAGUUAACAAAAAACAUGAGGUUAAGAAUUGGAGCUGAAUCAUCUAACAGGGAUUCGAUUCAGAAGUUUGCAAAAUGGCUACUUGAUAUUGGUGAAGGAAACAUUGGUUCAGAAAACGAUGGUGAAGCGUUUAUAGAGAUACCCGAUGAUUUAGUAAUUACCGACUCAGAUGAUCCAAUUCAAAGUUUAAUUGACUUUGUUUAUCCUUCUAUUUUACAUCAGUAUAAAAAUCCUGGAUUCUUUUCAGAGAGAGCAAUUUUAGCACCAAAGAAUGAAGUAGUUCAUAAGAUUAAUGAUCGAUUACUUUCAUUAUUUCCAGGUGAAGAAAAAGAGUAUUUGAGCUCUGACAGUAUAUGUCAAACUGAGCAACUUCUUGAUUCUUUUCAACAAGGUCUAUACUCUCCUGACAAUUUGAAUGCUCUGAAAAUAUCCGGUUUACCUAACCGUAGGUUGGUUCUUAAAGUUGGUGUUCCUGUGAUGCUUCUUCGAAACAUUGAUCAACAGAACGGAUAA